AUGGCUGCGGUGGUGAUUGACGGCAUGGCUAAAAGGAAGAAAUAUGAAGAUAAUGACAAUGACUCUUUGUCAUCAUAUAAUAAUACUAAGAAACGUCGUGUUGUUUGGUCAGAUGAUCUUCAUGCAAAGUUUGUUGAAGCUGUUAACCUACUUGGGUUACAUGAUGUUGUUCCCAAAAAAAUAGUUGGUUUGAUGAAUGUUGAUGGCAUUACUAGCAAACAUGUCGCAAGCCAUCUCCAGAAAUAUAGACUCGGUAAGAAAAAGGCUGCUCAAAAGGUUCCUUCAACACUCACUCAACAGCCUACUCAAUCUCAAUACAUGAACAUCCAUCCAUCAAGUUUACUCCUCCAUAACAAAAAGUCUGUUGACAAGGUUCCUUCAACACUUAUUCAGCCUACUCAAUCUCAAAACAUCCAUCCAUCAUACAAGUUUCCGGUAAAUGAAACCUCAACUCUACUCCUCCCUAACAAAAUGCCUCUCCAUCAAUUUCCCACAGAAAUUUAUUCGCCGGCUGCUUUGAACAUGAGUGGAGUUGCUCCUUCACCACCAUCAUCCACCUUUCCUAUAUAUCAUCAAACCUCUACUUUUCCAACUAACAACUCAUUUAACAUUCAUCCAUCAUACAAUUUUCCUGUUAAUCAAACCUCAACUUUACUCCUCCCUAACAAAAUGCCUCUCCAUCAAUCUCACCCACAAGUUUACUCUCCAUCCGGUUUGAACAUGAGUGGUCGGAGUCCUACUCAGUUUCAUAAUAUCAUCCAUCCACCACCAUCCACCUUUCCUAUAUAUCAUCAAACCUCUACUUUAUUUCAACCUCUUCUUAACCAAUCUACAUCUCCACCUGCAUUGGCAACAACUUUCGACUUCCAUGACAUUAGGGCUACUAACUUCCCUUUUGUUGGAUCUGCUUCUUCCAAAAGCACAAGCAUUUCGGAUUAUGAUUGGUAUACAAUAUACAUGAAAACAGAACCUCAGUUUCAUCCACUUCCCAACAAUUCUUUGCCGGUAUCAGAUUCUAACAAAACAAGUCAAAUGAGUUCACUGCAGACAGAGCCAUUUAUUGAUGUUUCGGAUUAUAAUUUGGAAGACGACACUAACAUCGAUAUUUCGGAUUAUAAUUUGUGUAGUGAAAAUAGUCCUAUUGACUUUUCAGUUGAAAAAACAAAUUGUAACUCUUUAGAGUGGGAAUGCCUAGAAGAAGAUCUCAUAAAUGUUAUGAAGCUGCCAUCACUAUGUUGA